UUUCGAUUGCAGCAUUCCAAAUGCAGCUCUGGAAGCGCAUAAAUAAAUAAAGUUGCUCGAAUUGUAGGCCUUGCGGUUGGCUGCGUUUAUUUUUGUUGCGGUCAAAUAUAAAUAUGAAGUGUGAAUCUCAACUUGCAGUUUGCCAACAAAUACAAAUUGUAUCAAAUAUAUGAAAACUGAUGAUAGAUCGCGCUUGUUAUUUUGUUUUUUUUUCUUGGUUUGGCCAAUUGAAUAGCAAACAACAAGAAGCAUCGGCAACGGCAACAGCAAACGGGGCUCAACAGAAUGGAUGUUGAAAUACCUGUUUUGGCUGGAUAUCUUAAUGUUCCAACACAAACUGGAUUUUCGCUAAAUCGUAUCUCGAAAAAGAAAUCAUGCAGCCGUUACUGUCUAUUGUUUAAGGCCAGUCGUCAUGGCAUUGCCCGUUUGGAGAUCUGCGAGAAUAAGGAUGACAAGAAUCCAAAAAUCUUUACACUCGAGAAUUGUGUUAAGAUCACACAGGAACCGCCGCCAGCGAAUCUCGUACAGAUUGUGAAACGGAAUGGACAACUCACGUUGAACACGAACAGCGAUGAGGAGCUCAAGGAAUGGGUGACCGCCCUCCAAAUGGUCGCCUUUUGUGACAUUAGCGGUCUGCAUGCCGCCCAUGGUGCCAUCGAGGAGGACAACGAUCUAUAUUGCAGCUCAUUUGACGGACUGUUUAUCAUAACGCUGAUACCGUCAGAGGCGUCGAUCAGAUGUAACAUUGAGCCGAGAACAUAUAUGCUCCAGAUGACACCGACGGAGCUGCAGCUGAAAUCGGAGGAUUUGAAUGUGACAAUUGCCAUGUGGCCAUAUCGAUUCAUACGAAAAUACGGUUAUCGCGAUGGCAAAUUCACAUUUGAGGCGGGACGCAAAUGCACCACCGGGGAGGGUGUCUUCACCUUGGAUCACACCAAUCCCCAGGAGGUUUUCCGCUGCAUGUCCGCCAAAAUGAAGUCGAUGAAGAAGUUGAUCAGUGGCGAUAGCUUGAGCAGCAUUGAAUGCAAUGAGAAUCAAUUUAGUGCCGCCGCUUGCAUGGAGCCAGGAUCACGUAGUCCAUUGCCACCAUCGCCAUCGAGUAAUCCCCAUGCUGGUGAAUUUGAAAUCAAUUCAACCCAGAGCUGCAUCUCGAUAAGGGGCUUCAUAAGCUCCAACGAUUCAUUGAAUAACUUCUCGUCCAAUGGCAGUAAUAGUGUCAGUUUAUCCGUGCCAUCAUCGCAAUCAAUUGUUAAACACAUUCCCAAUAAGCCGCCCAGAAAGCUGCCGACACCGUUGGACAAAUUAACUGUUGGAUCGGGCACCGUAACUGGAUCCUCGAUAGCUGGCCAAACUCAAUGUGAUAAUAAAUACAAGAAUAUUGUGAAAUAUGAACCCGUUGCCAUAACGACAUCGUCACCCUCGGAUGCCAACAGCAAGAACAGCGGCUCGGCUGUGAUAUUGAAGCCCAGCUCACCGGAUUGCUCAUCCGCUGGAAGUCCACCCGAUUUGCCCCUGCGCAAUGAGAGUUGCGCCGGCAAAUUAUCCCUAGAGCGUGACUACGAGUGCAUCGAGAAUAUAACGGAUGCGUGGAAGACACGUGGUGUUGGCGAUGUGCGGCAUUGUGAGAGGAUUCCAACGCUUAGUUGCGAUACGGAUUUUGGGCGACAACGUUCGCAGUCGCAGCGUGAGAAGCGCAAGGAUUUAAGCACCUUAAGCAGCAGCAACAACAACAGCAACAACAACAACAAUGUCAGUGGCAGUGGCACAACAACACCGAAAAUAAUCGACAUUGAUAUUGGAGAGGGAGUUGGUUUGAUUGCCCCGGAUGCCAACUAUGAUCGUUUGGAUUUUCUAUCGCCAAAUAAUAAAACGUCCAGCGGAUAUAAAACAAUUGUGAAUCUAACAUUGCCCACGAAUCGUAUGAGAUGCAGUCCGCCACCUCCAAAUGAAUAUGAAUUGAUUGCUAGUCCCGAUACCGAAAGUUUUCGCAAGGCCGAUGACAGUCAUCUUGGCUAUGGUGUUCUUCGUAAAUCCAACACUGCCAGCACCAGCAACAACAAUAACAUCAACAACAACAACAACAAUAACACAAAUAAUAAUAAUAACAACAGCAAUCUUAAUAAUAAUCUUAAUAACAACAAUAAUAAUAACAGUAUACUGCCCGCCAACAACAACAACAACAUUAACAAUAGCUCAGCGGAUAUAUGCCUGGCGAGAGGCAUUGCCACGCCCACAACAACUACAACAACAGCAACUACAACGAACAAGGGUAACAACGAUGCCGCCCUCGAUCAUCGCAGCUACAACGGUCUCAAUUAUACGAUUGUUAGCAAGCCAAAGCGUGUCUAAUAGCCAAAUCUAAUUCCACCAAACAGAUAUGUACAUAAUUUUACAGAAUGUCACACAGUAUACAAAAUAUGUUACAUACUUCCUUUGGGAAUAUAUAUAACAUAUUCAUUCGUUUUGGGAGUUUUCAGUGUUAAAAGACAUAAUAGUAAAUAGAUACUUCAUUUUUGUAACCGAUGUCAUUUCCAAUCCAUUUAAUUCAGCUUGUCAUUCAUAAAUUCACGCAAUUCUGCAAUAUGUACAUAUCUCUAUGAAAUGAUCCUUGAAAAAAUUAUGUACAUAUUUGAACAUAUAUGUUUAGUGGAAUGGGACUAUAAGACAGCGGCAAGACGAGAGAGAGAGAGAGAGAGAACACAGACAUAUAACUAGUUAGUUAAAGGAAGUGUGAGCAAGAGAAAGCACCAGUUAGAGUGGGAGAGAGUGAGAAGUACUGCCUCUUGCUCGCACAUUCAAUUUGCAGUCGGUAAUCUCAUUUUUUAAAUGCGCACAAUUCGAAUAUAAGUGAACAAAAAAUGUAGGAGGAAGAGCUAGA